GCUCACCCUGGCUGGAUAAAGACACCUGCCACGUUUUACUUUGAAGAUCUGGGAUGUAUUUUUGAAUGACAACUAGCUGUGAGAAGAUUACUUUGAUUUGGGCUACGCGUAACCGGAUUUGCGCGCUGAUGUUGGACAUGUAUUCUACCUGUCGACGUGAAGGUGGUUUAACCCAGAACGUGACCACUCAUAUUUGACUUUAUAAUGUCGUUUUUGUUUGUAAAGUAAGCCUCUUUUGAGUAAGGACCAAGUUGGAGCCAAAAUGACGACCAAUGGACCUGUCAUCGUGUUCGAAUGGCUCAAAACGCUACAGCUCGCCCAGUACGUUGAGUCGUUCGUGGACAACGGGUACGAUGACUUGGAGGUGUGCAAGCAGAUCGGAGACCCGGACCUGGAUGCCAUCGGCGUGUACAUCCCUCACCACCGGCAGCGCAUCCACGAAGCCGUGCGCAGGCUCAAGGAUGAGGCGAAGGAAACUGCCAGCGGUCUCUACUUCACCCUGGAACCGAUGCCCCUGACAUCUACACCGGCUGACGUCUACACCAGCCACAUGGUCAGCCAGUACGAGUCCAAACUCCGGAGUUCCAAGUCGUGGACCGAGCCUCUCAACGAGCGCGCGCCGAGGAAUGGAGGGUACACGAUGGGCGCGCAGAGGAACCUCACCCUGGGUAACCGCAGGGACGUGACGGUGUACCCGAAACUCAAGCUCAAAAUCAUGAUUAGGGAUAAACUCAUCAGGGACGGCGUCAACCUGGCCCGGCCUCCGUACUCCAACAAGGAUGGUUCACUGGGAAACAUAGAUGACCUUGCUCAAGAGUACGCAGAGUACUACAACACCUGUUUCAGCGACGUCAGCGACCGUAUGGAAGAGCUGCGCAAACGAAGAGUCUCACAAGAACUAGAUAUGGAGAAACAGGAUUCAAGCACCACUUCCCUGCAGCUACGCUCUGAGAUCCAAGAGUCACUGGGCUUCAGCAGUCAACUCUCCACUCCAGAAACUGACCGAAAGAUGCCACUGCACAAGUCCAGUUCAGAAGAUGGAUCUGGAGGUAAAUGGGACAACAAGAAGAAAAACAAAUCAUUUUGGCAGAACUUUCGCAAGUCCCAGCACAAACCUGUCGUCCGUCAGGCAUCUAAAGGAGAGGACAUUGGUUACGUGGCGAGCGAGAUCACCAUGAGCGAUGAGGAGCGCAUCCAGCUCAUGAUGAUGGUGAAAGAGAAGAUGAUUACCGUAGAAGAAGCGCUGGCUCGGCUGAAGGAGUAUGAGCGCAACAAACAGUCCGGCAGCCAUGACACUGCCGAGGGGACUGAGGGAUCUACAGCACCUGCUCUUAACCAGUCCUCCACCUGUGAUUCUCGAGAGCAGUCAGAUGAUGAGCAGUCAGAAGACUCGGUGAAGUUCAAACGGCUUCACAAGCUCGUAAACUCCACACGCCGAGUCAGGAAAAAACUCAUCAAAGUCGAAGAUGGAAAGAAACAUGGAUCUGAAGAUUUCCUGAAUCUAGAGUCGACACCCACAUGUGAGGACAACACAGCCCUAUACACUGGGGUCUUAAAGAAGCCCCCUCCCUCCCAGGACGCCUCUCUGCCCUCACUUCUGCAGGACCAGCUGUCCCUGGAUGGGGACUCAGACAGUUUGACCACCUCCCCUUCAUCCAGCAGCCUGGACACCUGGUCAGGGCACAGGCUUGUUAAGACCUUCAGUAAGUCUUCCAGCACCCACGGGCUCAUCCGGCCCCCUCGGAGGACCCCUUUGGGCUCUGGGGGCCUAGGCUCCAUCUCGGGUGUGGGAGGCAGCGGCUCGUCUUUCUCCGAGCUGGAUGGCUGUGGCCUGGACGACGAGGGGAAACUGUCUCGCUCCACCACGGAUGGAGAGAUGAGGAAGGCUCUCAGCUCCAUCUCCCAUGGGAGAACAUGCAGCUUCGGAGGGUUUGACCUGUCCAACCGCUCGCUCCAUGUGGUCAACAACGCCGCCCCCGAUGGCAACAAUAAAGACCAGGAGGCCAUUUAUAGGGAAGUGGUCAAGUCCCCCACCACGUCUCGCAUUUCACUGGGGAAGAAGGUCAAAUCGGUUAAAGAGACCAUGAGGAAACGGAUGUCCAAGAAGUAUAGCAGUUCUUUGUCUGAGCAGUCCAGUCCGGAUGGUGCUCCUGGCUCCCCUCAGUCUCCUCAACCUGAUACAGAUUCUCUCGAGAAGCCCAAGCUCAAAGCAGGAGGAUCAGUGGAGAGUCUGCGAAGUUCACUCAGCGGACAGAGUUCAAUGAGUGGUCAGACAGUGAGCACCACAGACUCGUCAGCCAGUAACAGAGAGAGUGUGAAGUCUGAAGACGGUGAUGAUGAAGAGCCGCCGUACAGAGGGCCCUUCUGUGGGAGAGCACGGGUCCACACCGACUUCACCCCCAGCCCCUAUGAUACCGACUCACUCAAACUCAAGCGCGGUGACGUGAUCGACAUUAUUAGUAAGCCACCCAUGGGAACGUGGAUGGGGCUCCUCAAUAAUAAAGUUGGCACCUUCAAGUUCAUCUACGUGGACGUCCUAAGUGAGGAAGAGGAGAAGCCCAAGCGCCCAGUGAGGAGGAGGAGGAAGGGCCGCACUCCCAAACCCACCUCUGUGGAGGAGCUGCUGGAGAGGAUCAACCUCAAGGAGCACAUGCCCACUUUCCUGUUUAACGGUUAUGAAGACCUGGACACAUUUAAACUGUUGGAGGAAGAGGACCUGGAUGAGCUGAACAUCAGAGACCCUCAGCACAGAGCCGUGCUGCUGACGGCUGUGGAGCUACUGCAGGAAUACGACAGCAGCAGUGACCCGGAGCGCGGGGGCCUGUGUGGUUCCCAGGAGAAGUUGCUGUCGGAGGGCUGCAGUCUGGUGGGAGACUCCCCUCGGGACUCUGGCUGCUACGAGAGCAAUGAGAACCUGGAGAAUGGUAAAAGCAGAAAAACGUCCCGUUCUAGUCGCUCCUCUGGGGGUCUCCAGUCUCCGGACUACCCCACUCUUCCCAUGACCAUCUCCACUGAGGCUCUGCAACAGAACAGCAACCACCAACGCACAAAAUUCCCUAAAAACCUCUUUUCCAAGCACUCUCUGAAGGGAUUCAACCUACUCGGACUGCGCAGAUCCCAAAGACGCUCCCCCAUUCCGUCUAGCCGCAGUUGCGAAGACUUGGAUGGACAUUCUCAACACCAGGGCCCAUGGAAGAGGUCCCAUUCACUAGGGGAUAUCCGGUUUGAGCAAUCUAGUGCAGAGUUCAAAGCAACACUGGAGAAAGCUAGAUUAAACAGCCCCAAAAAGCAAAAUGGAACGCCGCUAAGUCCGAAAUCAAGACCGCCAGUGCCCUCUCAGCUGACACUUAGACCCUCCUGUUCCACCCCAAAUUCACCAACUGUUCCUGAACUCCUGUCUAGCCCCCCCACAAGCCCACCCGAAUCGACCGGAGAAAAGCCCAUUCCGAAAACGCAUCCCAAAAAGCCUCCCGUACCUCCACCUGUCCCGGCUAAGAAGUCUCGGGAGCGCCUAGCCAACGGUCUCCGCCACGUUCCCCUCUCCCUCCCCUCCUCACCAUCCCCCACCCACUCACUAAACAGGUCCCACCCGAGUAGUCCAGUGAUUCGAAGUACCAACAGCAGCCCGGGACCCCCACCUCCUCCGCUCCCAGCUAAGACCCCGUCAAACAGCACUCCGGCUAGCCCGUGCUACUCCUCGUCUGCCUCCUCAGUGGGGGAGGAAUCGGGUAAUUCUGUGCAACCCCCAUGGUUUUCAGACCUGGGGGGCAAGGUGGCAGUGGCCAGGAAAGUGUCCCAUUCCAAGAUGAGUCCAGAUCUGCUAACCAUCCUGGAGCAGCGGCUGGAGGUGGAGGGCAUUGAUUUGACAGAGGAGCCCUAUUCAGAUAAGCACGGGCGCUGUGGCAUUCCUCAGCUGUUGGUGCAGCGUUACUCGGAGGAGGUGGAACAGCCGCUGAAGGACGUGACCUCCUCUCUGGACCAGCUCCGGGUCAGAGAGCUGCGUAAACAGCACCGCAUGGCUAUCCCAUCUGGAGGUCAGACAGAGAUAUCUCGCAAGCUCUUUCCCGUGGGUCACAUCAGCUCUGUCUCUGAUUGGCUGGUGUCCAUCGGCCUGCCCAUGUACACCGCCCCGUUGGCUGCUGCGGGCAUCCUCACUCUGCAGCAGGUCACGUCACUGACGGAGAACAGCGUUUGGGAGGCAGGCAUCCGGGACGAGAGACAUGUCCGUAGACUGGUGCACGAGUCGCGCCUGGUCAGCCCAAACGGGGGGUCCUAACCAUUCGGGACUGUCCCACAAGUGGUGUAGUAACAUGUAAUGGACUCGAAAGGUCAGUAUUUUAACAUGGACAGUGAGACAUCCAUUACUGCCCUGGCAAGUGAGCAACUUUCACUUAUAAAAUGUUUACGGACAACAUAACAGAUGCCUUUUCAACUAAAGAAAGUCUUAUAGAUUAGACUUGGAUCUGCCUUUGAGGAAGAAAGCACACUGUUUUUCUAGUGUUUUUUGUAAUGCAGAGAGACAUUUUAUUUCCUGCAUAUUUCAUAAGUGCUUGCGGCAUGGCACCAUAAUCUUUAAGUCUCUUAACGGAUGUAGCUUGGCCAAAGGAAUUUGAUUUAAUGGGCUUCUUAAUAGAUUCUCAAUAUCUGGACUUCUCAUCAACGCACCAUUGAAGAAUACAUCACUGCUUUUUGGAGAUUGGAAAUAUGGCUUAUCUUGUAUCAUGCUUCUGUAUUAUAACACAAUUUAAAUGCGUGUUUUUGGAUUUCUUUUUGCCUUUUAAUGUUGCCGCCUUGUUUUGAUGCCAGUCAUUUUUAAGCUAAAACAACUUACACUUUUGUAUUCUCGUAUAUAUACAAGCUUUUUUCACUUGGCUACAUGGAACAUCUUAAACAGUAAGCUUUCACACUAUCAAGACAUUCCCUGUAAAUGCCUUAUUUUAAUCAGAUUACCACAAUACUGAAAAAUAUUUGGCUAGGCAGAAUAUUAUGAGCAUUUUCCUAAGGCACAGCUGACAUCUGCACAGGAAUGCGUUAACAGAUUUGUUGACAUAUUAUUGUAUUACUUUUUGAAUUGAGUAAAUUGAACUUUUGAAUUAUAGAAGCAGUGCCAUAUCAGGUGACUUGCAACAUUUGAUGCACUCACCAAUUAAUCAGGGAGACAAGAUGGGUCAUUACACCAAUAGUCAUUACUCAAAAGUUCAUUUUAUAAAUUGAGUUUGCAAACAUUCCUUAUCUUCAAAAAACAGAAAUAUAGUGCUGUGCAAAGGUUUAGAGAAGAAUUUAUUGAGUACUUUAAUUUUCAUUUUUGUCAGGAUUGGAAAAGUUUGGGUCAAGGAAAAAAUUAGAUUAGCAUUUUAAGAUAUGUGAGUGUUCUAAUACAAUUUUGAGACUAAAUUGCUACCACAAACACAAUUAUAAUGUCUAGGUUUGAUUUCUUUUGCAUUUUAAAAUAUUGCACAGUACUUUAUAUUCCUCUAUGAAAAGUUAGUGUUGUUUUUGCUACAUUUCAAUACGUUUUGCAGUGGGCACUUAGAUAGACGUUGGAUGCCUUUAUCUCCGCUUCAAUCAAAAUGGUGCUCUAUGAGAGAAAGGGUUGAGGGGCCAGGUUUUACAAAAUGUGUGUUUAGUAACUGAUAUACUGACACUGUAAAUGCACUUUAGAAGGUAAUCCUAGCUGUUUUUCUUUUCAUGAAUUUGGCUAUAUUUGGCCCUAUGUCAUCAUCAGGUUAUGUCAAAUGGGUUAUGCUGGGUAUUUUAGUAUUACCUUCCCAACAGUGAAUUUGGUAAGCAUUCACAAGUUUAUCCAUUUCAGUUAGUUCAGUCUUAAUUACAUAUAUGAAAUGCUCGUUGCACAUUCUGUAUAUGUAAUUGAUAUUUAAAUAACUUAUUUUGUGUUUUUGCUUUUUUUGUUUUUCAUAUUGACUGUAAUUAGCUGUACCAUAUGAAUAGCAAUACCUUUCUGCAUAAUGCAUAUUGCUUUAGCCAGUAAGGAACUCUAUACUAUGUAUUGUAAAGUAUAUGUACAAAUGAUUAUUUUAUUUGGUUUUUCAUCUACCUAAUGAUUGUCCAUACAGAUUUGCUUGUGUAUUGAAAACCAACAAAAAUGUCAUGUCCAUAACUAUUUGUCAUUCUAAAAUAUAAUAAAAUGUUUCUUGCCAUAAA